UGUUCAUGGUUUAUUCGCACAUGGCACAUAAUAUAACCUCAAUUCUAAUCUGAAUAUUGAUGACUCUUUGGAAAAAAAGGAAUUGAAUAUUAUAAAACAAGAUAUAAACGAAUUUUGUCGAAAUAUUAUCCUAAAAGAUGACCGAAUAUCCGCCUAUUAAUGUACGCUUGGCAGUGAACCGAGUAGAUUUUAAUCUAAUAACCAAUGAUGGCAUUCAACCGCGACUUUAUACUCCCGGUGAGGAGAUAUCUAGUCAACCCGAUUUCCUGAGGGGUCAUGGGACUUACGUUGAUGAGGAGAAAACGUUGCGUGCAUCAGUUGCUGGGAUUUUGGAGAAGGUGAAUAAACUUAUAUCCAUCAGACCCUUGAAGGCGCGCUAUAACGGAGAAAUUGGAGAUCUUAUUGUCGGAAGGAUAACGGAAGUCCAGCAGAAACGUUGGAAGGUCGACGUAAAUGCCAAACUUGAUGCUGUCCUAUUAUUGUCUAGUGUCAAUUUACCUGGUGGUGAAUUGAGAAGACGAUCUGCUGAAGAUGAACAGACAAUGCGUAGAUAUUUACAAGAGGGAGAUCUGAUCUGUGCCGAAGUGCAAUCGAUCUUUGCUGAUGGCUCGCUCUCUCUGCACACUCGAGUGUUGAAGUAUGGCAAAUUGUCGCAGGGAAUAAUGUUGAAAGUACCACCAAUGUUGAUCCAACGUAAGAAGACGCACUAUCACAAUCUAGAAAAUGGAGCUACUUUAAUACUUGGUAACAACGGGUACGUGUGGAUUGGUGCAAACAUUCAAAAUGUAGAUAAAUCCGAAGGUGGUUUCACGGAGGAUCUGUCGAAAAUCCCGGUAGAAAACCGCGAUAUAUGCUCACGAUUGCGUAAUUGCAUUUUGAUUCUGGCGCAAUGCAAUAUGCUAUUAUCAGAUACCUCCGUAACAUAUGCUUAUGAAGAAUCCAUGAAGUACGAAGUACUGGAAACAGGUAGUCGAGAAGUAGUGUCGAGAGACAUGGAUGCAUGUUUCAAUGCCUUUGAUAAAGACGGCGACGGAUUCCUGUCGAUUUCCGAAUUCGAUCUCAUAUGUCGUGCGUUGUUUCGUAAUGACCGCGGCAAGAUCUAUGGUCUCGAGGAGGAUCAAUUGCAUGCGGUGUACUCUAUCUUUGAUCUCAAAGGCGAUGGCUUGAUCGACAGAGAAGAAUUCGAGGUUUGUUGGAACCGAUGGAUCAAAGUAUGUACGCGUCCCAAAAGCGCCUUUCUGAUCGUGGAUGUGCAAAAUGACUUUAUAUCAGGUUCUUUGAACAUAAAACACUGCGCUGCACAGCACGAUGGUUCGGAAGUGAUCGACCCAAUUAAUCGAUUGUUAGAAACUGUGCCGUUUGACGCGGUAUUUUAUUCCUUGGAUUGGCAUCCAGUAGAUCAUGUGUCUUUCAUUGACAAUUUGCACCUAAGGGAAGUGGAUAUCAGUAGCAAUAUUUCAAAGGAAGCAGCACGAGUGUACGAUACAGUGACCUUCCGGGGACCGCCGUUGCUGAAGCAACGCCUGUGGCCGCGUCAUUGCGUGCAAGAUUCUUGGGGUGCUGAGCUUCACAAAGACCUGAAGAUCGUCGACAACGCGAUCAAGAUCUACAAGGGCACGAAUCCGGAGGUCGACUCGUACUCGGUGUUCUGGGACAACAAGAAGCUGACCGAGACCACGCUGUCAUCACAAUUGCAAGAAAAGGGUGCCACCGAUAUCUACAUCUGCGGGUUGGCUUAUGAUGUUUGCGUGGGCGCUACCGCAGUGGAUGCACUUACCAGCGGUUACCGCACUAUACUGAUCGACGAUUGCAGUCGCGGCGUAGAUCUUGUUGAUAUUGAGAAAACUAAAGCUACCGUAAUAGGCAGUAACGGCGUGAUAGUAAACUCUAGUCAGGUGAAGGCUAUGGUAGAAGGAAGAGACCGACGACCGGAGCUCGGCUACAAGCUCGCAUUAGAAAUUAAACAUAAAUUGAGCCUUGGCGAAUAAUUGUAGCAAAUAGUACAAUAUAUCUAGAAACUUUUGAUUAAUAGAUUAAUAUAAAAGACCAUAUAUCAAUCAUAUUUCGAAGCAUUUCUUGUAAGCAUAGAAUAGUUGAAAAUGAAGAAAAAAGUGUAAAGAUGAGUUAUAUAAUGAGUAUAUAUUUUUUGUUGAGCAUUAAAAUAGAUAUUAAAUUAGGAAUAUUAGAAAGUAAAUGUUAAAUUUAUUAGUAAGUGUUUGUUAUUUUUGGAAGGAAUUCUUUAAGAGAAAUAAAAAAUGGAAGAUUGAAUUUAAGUUUAAUAUAAUAUAAUUUAAGUUUAAUAUAAUAUAAUAUAAUUUAACUUUAAAAUGAGUGAUACAAGCAUUUAAAUUUAGCAUAAAUAUAUAAUAUUUAUUCGAUUGUAGGGCUUAAUGAGAAAGAAGUAAAUAUUGACUGCAUAAAUUUACUAAAAUAUAUUUAUUGAAAAAUAUAUGUAAGUAAAUUGAAAAUAGUAAUUAUCUAUUUAGAUAUGUAUAUAUUUUUAAUGAGAGAAAGAUUUCUCGAGAACAAUGUUUCCAUAGUAGAUUCUUGUAAAAGUAUUUAUUGUAUUAUGAAAUAAUAAAAGAUGGAAUU